AUGAGUGUUUUUCUGGCCCAUUUUAGGAUACAAACCACAAAAAGCUUACAGCUACCAUGUACGGCGACGUUUGGCAAGUUCCACUACACUACCAAAGUAAAGUGUGAGCUCGAUUCAAUCACCGAGAAGGAAAUUACGGAACAGGGACUGAAGCCACGCAAACAUCGUGGCCGCAUCAAAUGCAACAACACGGCAAUAGGGCCAGAAAUACACGACGCAAUCAUGAAAUGCGUCAAGGACUAUCCGCUCAAAAGUCUCAUUACCGAUGGGCAACGGUUAAACAACUGUGUUCGAUCACGUAAAUGGUUCCCGCUCGAUACACCAUCGAACCGGGGUGCCGACAGACCGAGCGAACGGAUGCCUUCCAGUGCUCGGCGGCAGAAUUCUUCCGCCUUUGAUAUGCACGACGAGUACAGCUGUCUGACGCAGUUAAUUGGCCGGGCAGAUGCUGAGUACGCGGUGUUGAAGCGUAUCUUUACCGAAAUCAAUCAGCGUGAUCCGGAGCUGAAGCCACGCAGUUUUCUUGACUUUGGGGCAGGUGUCGGUACUGGGACGUGGGCCGUUACGGACUUUUGGCGGGAGCAUCUGUUUGAGCUACUUUCGGUGGAUAAAUCGCGCCAUAUGAAUGAUCUGGCAGAGCUUGUGUUGCGGCAAGGUGAUCCGAACAAAGGCACGAUGUUACGGAAUGUGUUUUACCGCCAGUUUUUGCCAGCUAAUCCGGACCGGAAAUAUGAUAUCGUGUUGAGUGCAUUUUCGCUGUUUGAUCAAUCAUCCCGGCGCCGGUUGUACGAGCUGGUGGAUCAGUUGUACAGCACGUUCGAUAAGUAUUUGAUACUGGUCGAGCAGGGUUCGAAUGCGGGCUUCCAGCUGUUGGACGGUGUUCGUAACCACAUUCGACGGAAUUAUGAUACGGACGAGAAGCAUCUAUUUGCACCGUGUCCUCAUACGAAGGCUUGCCCACGGAUAGUCAAAGAUGAUGGAACGCCUUGCAACUUUGAAGCUACUUACACGCGCAGCUUUCCGUCCUCUGAUGGACAUCAGUAUGGAAGUAUUCUUUACUCGUAUCUGGUUUAUAGGAAGGGUCCACCGGACAGUGCACACGCCUUUCCCCGCCUCGUACGUCCAACGGCUGUACGUUCGAAGCAUUGCGUUUGUCACGUUUGUUCGACGGAUGGAAAGUUGCGUGACGUUGCCUUUACGACGGCAAAACAUGGCCAAAUUGUACACCGGUGCGCCAAAGCUAGUCGAUGGGGUGACCUGCUCCCGAUGCACAUCCAGUGGUUGAAUAGCGAGCAAGAAGAAAAAGCUAAUGGAGAGACUUGA